AUGUCAAAAAAAAAUUCCACUUUAAGUUUGCAUUACGUGCAUCUUAAGAAGAAACUUGGUCAAUAUGCAUUAAUAGACUGUCAUGCUGUUAGUCGUCUCUUCAAGCACACGGAACCAGCCUCUGACCCGUGUCCUUCUCCACCAUCACAACCACAACGUCAUUUUCCACAAGAAGUUUUAUCUCCAGCAUCACCAAAGAUCAUUCGAUCACCUUCUCCUCUACAAACUGAGUGUGAAUUGCUUCACAAUGCAUCAUCGCAAAUAGCACCACGAAUUGUCACGUUUGUUGCUCGCACUGAUCCACCACAAAAAUCAUUAGUUUAUUCCGACAACACUCUUGCACAAAAUGACGACGAAACAGAAAGUUAUCAAGACCAAGAACAAGAACUCAAUGAGCAAAAGAGAAAACAUGGACCACGCUCAUUGCAAUUAAAGCGAUAA